GGGUAAUUGAUGACGUCGAUGGCAACCAAGCAUUAUUAUGCAGGGACAAGAAAUAGCAACAAAUAAUCUCGAACGGUACACAGAAAGUCACUAUUUGACCAUUUUACUGACAUAUUGUACUAAAUAAACUAUCUGGAUAUAAAGUUAAAUAUAUAGUGGAUAUUAUUAACAUGUUACAAGGACAAUCGGAAUAACAUUUAAGUUUGAAUCCCAAUGGAAUUAUGACAACCCGAGUGAAACAAAUGCCUGUUCAACGGACUCGAUCGUUGACUGGAAAUCCGCCUGGAGAAAACAUUUAUUCUCACCAUACUAUAGACAAUCCUGCCUCUCACCAUUUACCGCCACUGACCAGUCAGACAGUGGGCGGUUCAUCGAUACAUCACGGAAACCAGGCUGGCGUGAAGGUCCAGCAAUUGUAUGAACAAGAAAAAAUCGAAAAUAAAAUCCAAAAUGGCGACCAUUCCUAUCAUGUUAGUCAGCAGUUGCCCUCUGUCAGGGCCACAUCUAGUGCAGGGAGCCAGGCUAGCAAAGGCAGCUCUGCAAAACGUACUGGUACAAUGACACCAGAGUCCGCUAUGAAACAGUAUAUGCAUAAACUCUCGUCUUUUGAACAUCAUGAGAUUUUUAAUUAUCCGCAUAUUUACUUUGUCGGAGCAAACGCAAAGAAACGACAGGGAGUCGUUGGUGGGCCAAGUAAUAACGGAUACGAUGAUGAAAAUGGAUCCUAUGUUCAUGUACCUCACGAUCAUAUAGGCUAUAGGUACGAAGUUCUCAAAGUGAUUGGGAAAGGAAGCUUUGGACAGGUUGUUAAGGCCUAUGAUCAUAAAACCCACUCGCAUAUUGCUCUCAAAAUGGUUCGCAAUGAAAAACGUUUUCAUAGGCAAGCCCAAGAAGAAAUUAGGAUUUUAGAACAUUUGAAAAAGCAAGAUAAAGACAAUACAAUGAACAUUAUCCAUGAAUAUGAACAUUUUACAUUCAGAAACCAUAUAUGUAUCACCUUUGAACUACUUAGCAUGAACUUAUACGAACUGAUCAAGAAAAAUAAGUUUCAGGGAUUCAGUCUGCAACUCGUGCGCAAAUUUGCUCAUUCUAUUUUGCAGUGUUUAGAUGCGCUGGCUAAAAACCGCAUAAUCCAUUGUGACUUGAAACCAGAAAAUAUCUUACUGAAACAACAGGGUAGGAGUGGUAUUAAAGUUAUAGACUUUGGCUCAAGUUGUUAUGAACACCAGAGAAUAUACACUUACAUCCAAUCUCGAUUCUACCGAGCUCCUGAGGUGAUUAUGGGCUCCAAGUAUGGAAUGCCCAUAGAUAUGUGGAGCUUAGGCUGUAUCCUGGCGGAAUUGCUCACUGGCUAUCCCUUGUUCCCUGGGGAGGAUGAAGGUGACCAGCUUGCCACUAUAAUAGAGGUUCAGGGAAUGCCACCCCAGAAGCUGUUAGAUAGCUCAAAACGUGCUCGCAACUUCAUAAGCUCCAAGGGUUACCCACGUUACUGCUCUGUUACUACACUGCCAGAUGGCAGCACUGUUCUCAAUGGGGGAAGAUCCAGACGUGGCAAGAUGCGUGGUCCACCAGGUUCCAAAGAUAUGAUAACAGCACUGAAGGGUGCAGAUGAUCCACUGUUCCUCGAUUUUAUGCGUCGCUGCUUAGAGUGGGACCCAGCCACUCGUAUGACCCCUAGUCAGGCUCUCCGACAUGCCUGGUUACGCCGUCGUCUCCCUAAACCCCCACCUAACGAGACUGCAGGUAACACUCGUCAACACUCUGCCAAGGGAAUAAUAACCAAGCUACCUAAUGGUAGUUCCAAAGGUGGUGAACUCAUCACAGAGAAAAUGAAACCAGACAUCAAUACUAGGACUAAAUUACCACAGAUAGGGUCGACUAUGUGAUGCAAAAGGAGACAUUGGGAACAAUGAGCAGUGUUAGUAUAAUCCUAGGACGAUUCUGAUUUAUACAAACGCCGUCCAUUCGACUAGAAGAUCUCAGAUAAAUUAACAUGGGAGAUUGUUGACAUCAAGUACAUGGAGGCAAUAUUCAAUAUUGUACAUUGCCAAAUAAUACCAAAGUGUACAGCCUGAAUUAUUAUCUACUUACAGACCUGUCUAAUGUAAUGUACAUUAGGCAUGGUACAUAUGGAGCUUUAUCACAGUUUUACUAUGGCAUCGUUCAAUUUGAACUCCCAAGUCAUUCAGAAGAUAAUCAUCAACAAAUAUAAUUUAGUACAUCUGGAGUAUGUAUUAUUAUUAGUAUUGCAAACCAAUAUGGGUCCAACAGAAACAUGCACGUGCAAGGUUUAUAAAUCAUAUGCAUAAUUUAUUCUUUCCCUUUGACAGAGAUUGCAUGUUUCAAUCUGCAUAAACCUCAGUUACAACAAUGAUACAUUUCCAAAAUGUAGACUGUUCUGUGUAUUACAUUUUUCUGUGUGUGAACAUUUGUGUUAUUUCAUUACCAUUAUUUGCAAGGUUUUUGCAUCGAUCAUAUUGCUGUGCAGCCAAGUGUUUAUAACUGCCAGAAUCUAUGUGACAGCUGUACUUAAACGUGACUAAAGUGUAUGUAUUCUAAUCAGCAUGGCUCAGUAGGUUACAGCUAGAGUAAUUGAACAAUUUGAUAAACCACAAGUUUUGUCUACUUGCCCUUUCUUUUAGUAUCAUUAGGACAAAGUUGGUCAUAAUUAUUGGUUAUUGGUAGAAGGUUUUAAGUUGUUACCCAGCUUCAUGAGGAAAUUGGUUUCCUGAUUAAGUAAUCACUUUAAGUUACUUAAGAUUUUGUUCCAGGAUGAAAGGGUUAAUAUUGGUCAGUUCAGAAAUAUUGGUUGUACUCAACUCUUGGUCAAGUAUAAGUCACUGCUAACGGCCAGUAUAUAAAUGAGACCAUUAUGGAAACAUUUGUUCAGCAAUAAUUUUCAUAUACAUUUGUAUUGAUACAAAAUCUUAUUGUAAUUUUUAUUUUGUUGAUUUUGUCAGAUAUUGAGUUUGAAGUUUUUCAAAUCGAAAUUAAUUGGGGCAGUCAGAGGGUUGGGGUUGUUUUAACGUUCGUGAUGAUGACUUCAUUUUUACUGUUCAUGUUAUAUUUAUGCAAUUUUAGUAAAUGGUAUUAUAAUAGAUUUAUAGUUGUAACACAAAUACUCUACAACUAAACCUAUUUUUACAUUAGGUUUCUCUGUUAUGUUCAUAAAUAUGAUAGAAAUGUCAAGGUUGAAGUUUUGUCUUUUUAUGUCAAUUUCAAAGGCAAACAUACCUCUGUGGGAAAUUGUAUUUUAUUUUAGUAUUAUAUUCAACUAGUUUUUCAAAUUCUGUAUAUUAGGAUAUUUCUUGACUAUUGAGAAAUAUUUUUACUUCGGUUAUCCGUGAACCUGUAAAAAUACUCAAAUCAAUAUUUGUCUGUGGUAUUGAAAUUGAAUUCCACGAACUUUAAUAGUUUCAUAAUUAAAUAAUGAUUACUUCUGUAGUAAAUUGAACAGGUAAAAUUGACUUAAUCGUUAGAAAUUUUGGUCUGUAAUUUGUGACUUGUGAAAUCAUUGUCCGUUAUUUGGAACUUAUCAGCCAAUAAGAUACAAUAUGCCUUUUCAUGUAUGAUUCCAAGAAAUGUCUCAAUUCUUCAUCAUUGACAUGGGCUAAUUAACCAAUUUCUUGUCCUGGACUAUGAGCUGUCAGUCAAUAAAAAGGUGUGAAUGUUUGUAAGUUAUUAUCACAGUUGUAUGAGUCGCAUUCCAAUGUUUACAAAUGCCAGAAAUAGCUGAUGUGAUUGCCUUGUUUGUACUAAUUAUCAGACUGAGAUACCAGUGAUGGCAUGCUAGAUUGGCCCCAUGAUCAGCAUUCACAUCUUUCAGAAAACUUUUCAAUUAAAUAAUAAAUAAUAAAUGUAUAUUUAUACUUCAUAUUGAGGAUACGGUACAGUUGUAAUAAGCCCGAUAGGUAAAUUGACUGUUAGCGUUUUCUUUCUGUUUGUUGGCAUUUUUUUUAAUAAUAUGAAAGUGUCACAUGUCAAAAUGAAAUAACAAAAAUCUUAAAAUCCUCUAGAGUGGAUUUGACCAAGGAGGCUUUUAAAAUCACCAAUUAGACUGCUUAACAGACAUUUAAUUUGUGGGGCUUAUGAUGUGUUCUAAAUGUACAGGUAUAACACAAUCAACAUACUGUGGUCAUGGACCUCUAUCACCAUGGUGUGGUCUACUGUUGUAUGAUAAUUGUGUAUUUUAUGUAAAAAAUGUUUCUUGUGGACAAUUAUAUCAUGAUUAGAGUUUCUACGUAUUAUUUUGUAAUUGUCAACCAGUAACGUCUGAUGUAUUUCUUUGAUACAAAACUGCACAAAAUGUAAAAAUGUAUAAAAUGAAAAUAUUUAAUGAUGAAACUUGUGAAUAAUACAUAUUAUAUAAAAAAAUAGAUUUCUGAUGUUGAAUAAUGGCUCCCAGAUGCUGUGGCGAUUAAAUCUUUGCAGGGGGAGUAGCACAUUAACGUAAUGGCCAUUUUGGAGGGGAUUUUUGUAGAAAUGAAUGAAUGAAUGGUAUCUAUAACAGUCCAUUUUUAAAGAGACAUUCCAAGUUAAAUUUUUCCUUCAAAUAGUUUUAUAUUUGAUUAUGUUCGGUUCAGUGUUUUCCUAAUGUACCCACCACAAUCUGACUAUUUUCUCGUGAUAACUGUGGACUUGAUAUUAGAUCAGAUGGAACCUAACCAAGAAAAUUGAAUUUUUGAUCCAUUGAUCCAAUACAAGAAGGCUAAUAGCAUGGUAUCAUGCAUGUUAUUUUCUCCAGAGGGGUUCCCUGCUAGAUGAAUAAUGUAUGGCCUAUACACAUGUUAUAUUAGUUCAUUGAUCCUACUUACUGAGGUCUUAGAUCAAUACAGCUCCAUCAUUCUUGG